AUGGGUCAGGGAAGAUCUACCCCCCUAAGUGCAACUCUAGAUCAUUGGAAGGAAGUCAGGGGUCGAGGUUUCGAUUUAUCGGUCAAUGUGAAGAAGGGUCCUUGGCAGACAUUCUGUUCGGCUGAGUGGCCCUCUCUUGGCGUCGGUUGGCCCGUCGAUGGUUCUUUUGAUUUAAAUUUGAUUUCCCAGGUUUUUUCCCGAGUUUUCGAGUCCCGGACUGGUCACCCCGAUCAACAACCUUAUAUUCUUGUCUGGCAGGACCUGGCCCAGCGACCUCCUUCGUGGGUCCGGCCCUUCCUCCCUCUAUCUAAUCAGUCCCAGGUUCUUGUUUCACAGGUUCGUGGAGUCCCACAGAAGACGCCUCUGCCCGACUCGCAGACUGACCUCCUCCUCCUCGAUCCACCCCCUCCCUAUCCUCCUUCCCUGCCCCCAGUUCCCUCCGCUCCCCCGGCCCCUCCACCUGUCCAGGCUGCCCAAGGUGGUCCCUCGCAGCACACGCGAAGCCGGAGGACCCAGCCUCCUUGUUCGCCCGACUCCACGGUUGCCUGUCCCCUUCGCCCCCUAGGCCCGCCGCCGCCUCCCCUAGACGACGGUACCCCGGGACUCCCCCCCCUUCAGUACUGGCCCUUCUCCUCCUCUGAUCUGUACAACUGGAAAACUAACCACCCUCCGUUCUCUGAGGACCCGUCUAAACUUACUGCCCUGGUUGAGUCUCUCAUGUUUUCUCACCAACCCACUUGGGAUGACUGUCAGCAGCUCCUCCAGACACUGUUUACUACGGAGGAGAGGGAGAGAAUCCUGCUCGAGGCUAGAAAGAAUGUUCGGGGCCCGGAUGGGCGCCCGACACAGCUCCCCCAUCUCAUAGAUUCUGCCUUUCCCUUAGCCCGCCCUGAUUGGGAUUUCAAUACCGCAGAAGGUAGGGAGCGACUGACGGUCUAUCGCCAGACUCUAAUGGCAGGUCUCCGAGGGGCUGCCCGUCGCCCCACUAAUUUGGCCAAGGUAAGGGAAAUUAUACAGGGAGCCACGGAACCUCCGGCAGUGUUCUUAGAAAGGUUAAUGGAAGCCUAUCGCCGAUACACCCCUUUUGACCCCACAUCUGAGGGUCAUAGUGCAUCGGUGGCUAUGGCUUUCAUUGGACAGUCAGCUCCGGAUAUCAGAAAGAAAUUACAGAGGAUGGACGGGUUACAGGAUUUAGCUCUCAAGGACCUCGUUAAAGAGGCCGAGAAAGUUUAUCAUAAAAGAGAGACAGAAGAGGAAAAGGAGCAGAGGCAGGAAAAGGAGAGACAGGAGCAAGAAAAACAGAGAGAGAAGCGGAAAGAGAAGCGACUGACUCGUAUCCUGGCCGCAGCGGUAGGAGAGAAAACAGGUCAGAAGAAGAAACAGGAAGGACAGAAAGGGAAACGCCAGGGCGGCAAUCGGCCUCCGUUAGACCGAGACCAAUGUGCCUAUUGCAAGGAAAAAGGACACUGGAAGAGUGAAUGCCCCCAGAAGCCCAAGAAAGAUCCGGUUCUGGCCCUCCAGGAGGACAGUGACUAGGGAGGUCAGGGCUCGAUUCCCCUCCCCGAGCCCCGGGUAAUUCUCAAUGUGGAGGGGAGACCGGUCAAUUUCCUGAUUGAUACCGGGGCUCAGUUUUCAGUCCUUAAACGGCCCCUAGGAAAACUAUCUGGCCGAGCCUCCCUGGUCCAAGGGGCGACCGGACACAAGAAAUACCCUUGGACCACUACCCGGAGCAUUGACCUAGGCCGGGGAGAAGUGACUCACUCAUUCCUUGUCAUACCUGAGUGCCCCGCUCCUCUCCUGGGAAGGGAUCUUCUGACCAAGCUGGGGGCCCAGAUUAUCUUCACCCCAGCAGGACCUACUACCAAAUGGGGACCCCCGAUGGCCCUCACUCUCCGUCUAGAGGAUGAACACCGACUUUUUCAGCCAGCCGGUAAGGUCCCUGCUGAUCUUGAUCACUGGCUACGGGAAUUUCCUAAAGCUUGGGCAGAGACUGCUGGGGCCGGGGAGGCUACCCAGCAACCACCAGUAGUCAUUGAACUGAAAGCGGCAGCCACCCCGAUAGCAGUUCGCCAGUACCCGAUGCCCAGAGAGGCUAGAGAAGGAAUCCAGCCUCACAUCACCCGCCUCCUGAGUCUAGGCUUUCUGGUCAAGUGCCGAUCACCCUGGAAUACUCCCCUCUUGCCAGUUAAAAAGCCAGGAACCAAUGACUAUCGUCCUGUUCAGGACCUGAGAGAGGUUAACAAGCGGGUUCAGGAUAUCCAUCCUACCGUUCCAAACCCCUAUAACCUCCUCAGCACCAUCCCUGCGGGUCAUGUAUGGUAUACGGUCCUAGACCUUAAAGACGCUUUCUUCUGCCUUAAACUCCACCCGGAGAGUCAGAAAUUAUUUGCUUUCGAGUGGAAGGAUCCAGAGUCGGGGGAUUCCGGGCAGCUAACCUGGACAAGGCUACCCCAAGGGUUUAAGAACUCCCCCACCAUCUUUGAUGAGGCUCUCCACAAAGACUUAGCAAUGUUCAGGGCAGAACACCCCCAAGUGACUCUCCUCCAGUAUGUAGAUGACCUCCUCCUGGCAGGGGCCACAGAAGAGGAGUGUUUGGCGGGAACUAGGGACCUCCUGUCUGAACUGUCCAAACUGGGAUAUCGAGCCUCGGCCAAAAAGGCUCAAAUCUGCCAGAAGAGAGUCACAUAUCUAGGGUAUGCCCUAGAAGGGGGACAACGGUGGCUAACAGAAGAGAGAAAAACCACCGUCCUACAGAUCCCCACUCCACAGACCCCUCGCCAGGUCCGAGAGUUCUUAGGUACAGCUGGGUUCUGCCGCUUGUGGAUCCCAGGAUUUGCCACUAUGGCAGAGCCCCUAUACCCACUAACCAAGCAAGGGCAACCCUUCCACUGGGGAAAGGAGCACCAAAAAGCCUUCUUAGAUAUCAAAGAGGCCCUGCUUUCGGCCCCAGCACUGGCCCUCCCCGAUGUAGAGAAACCCUUCACCCUUUACAUUGACGAAAAGAAAGGGGUGGCCCGUGGAGUCUUGACACAGGCACUCGGACCCUGGAAACGGCCGGUGGCCUACCUCUCCAAGAGACUAGAUCCUGUGGCCAAAGGGUGGCCCUCCUGUCUCCGGGCUAUAGCAGCCACUGCCCUCCUUGUCAAAGACUCUGAUAAAUUGACUCUGGGCCAAAAGCUGACUAUCAUUGCUCCGCAUGCCUUAGAAAGCAUUAUCCGCCAACCUCCUGACCGUUGGAUAUCCAACGCCAGGGUCACACAUUAUCAGAGUCUGCUCCUAGAUGAAGGAAGAAUUACAUUUGGGGCGCCUGUGACCCUUAACCCGGCCACUCUCCUACCCAUAGAAGAAGAGGAAGGACGAGAGGUCCUACACCCCUGCCUUGAAAUCCUAGCAGAGGAGACCGGGGUUCGGAGAGACUUAAAGGACACCCCUUUGACGGGGGCGGACUACACUUGGUUCACUGAUGGGAGUAGUUUUCUCCUAGAUGGGCAACGGAAGGCAGGUGCUGCGGUGGUAGACCUUCAAGCUACAGUAUGGGCAAGUAGCCUCCCCGAAGGGACCUCGGCCCAAAAAGCAGAACUAAUCGCCCUCACUAAGGCCCUACAGCUGGCAGAGGGGAAGGCAGUCAAUAUCUACACUGACAGUAGAUAUGCUUUUGCCACCGCACAUGUACACGGUGCCAUCUACCGACAGCGAGGCCUGUUAACUUCGGCAGGAAAAGAGAUCAAAAACAAAUCAGAGAUCCUACAAUUGUUAGAUGCUGUCUUAGCACCCAAACGCCUAGCCAUUAUACACUGCCCCGGGCAUCAGAAAGGGGAGUCUGAGGUUGCAGAGGGGAACAGACGGGCCGACGCAGCAGCUCGAGGAGCAGCCCACGGACCCUGCCUGCUCACCCUGACGGCGUGGCCCCUGAAGCCUCCCCAGCCAACUUUUCUACACUACUCCCAAGAAGAGGAAGAAAAAUUUUCCAGCCAGCCUGAUCUGUUCCUAAAGAAGCAAGGCAUCUGGACCACCCGGACGGAAGGUAAGCCGGUUGUCCCUCGGGAAGCGGCGGCCGAGUACCUUACUCAACUUCACAGGAUCACCCAUCUUGGUGAGAAAAACCUCAGGAAAGUGUGCGGCAGUACUGGAUACCACUUCCAAGGACUGACCAAGGCUCUAGAGAAAGUCAUCCGAAGCUGCCGGGCUUGUCAGUUGGUCAACGCAAAAACUUCUGCCAUCCCUGAAGGAAGACGGGAAAGAGGAGAUAAGCCAGGAGUUUACUGGGAAGUUGACUUUACUGAGGUAAAACCUGCCAGGUAUGGAUAUAAAUACCUUCUAGUAUUUGUAGAUACCUUUUCAGGAUGGGUUGAGGCCUUUCCCACAAAACAUGAGACUGCUAUGGCGGUAGCCAAGAAGAUCCUGGAGGAGAUUUUCCCUCGAUUCGGACUGCCCAAGGUAAUCGGGUCUGAUAACGGACCGGCUUUUGUUGCCCAGGUAAGUCAGGGAUUGGCCAGGAUACUGGGGAUUAAUUGGAAAUUACAUUGUGCCUACCAUCCCCAAAGUUCAGGACAGGUAGAAAGAAUGAAUAAAACCCUAAAAGAGACCAUGACUAAAUUAUCCAUAGAGACUGGCUUAACAGACUGGACAGUCCUCCUCCCCUAUGCCCUUUUCAGAGUAAGGAAUACUCCGAAUUCUGUUGGGUUGACUCCCUUUGAACUCCUCUUCGGUGCGCCUCCACCCCUGGCCAUAGAUCCCUGGGAUAGUCACCCUUCUAUCUCUACCCCCCAAUCUCUCCUGGCCAGGCUGAAAGCCAUCGAGUCCCUGCAGAAGGAAGUAUAGACUCCCCUGGCAGAAGCCUAUAAGCCGGGGGACCUUCGUGUUCCACACCAGUUUCAGGUCGGGGACCUGGUCUACGUCCGGCGCCACCGCACCGCCAGCCUGGAGCCCAGGUGGAAGGGUCCUUACGUCGUCCUCCUGACCACACCCACAGCUGUCCGGGUUGAUGGAGUCCCAGCCUGGGUCCAUGCCGCGCACGUCAAGAAAGCACCUGAACAGGAUCCGGAUGGAUAGAUCGCGGAGAAGACUGACAACCCUCUCCGGCUCAGGAUCUUCAGGCGAGCUGGUUCUCAGGACACCUCAUAGACUUUUCAUUCUCCUCUUGUCUUUACAUUUCCCCGCGGCCGGGUAUGGUUCUAGCCCACAUACCCCCGCGAAAAUAACUUGGUCAGUAAAGUCCCAAACUGGAGAGAUAGUCUAUCAGGUCACAGACACCAGACCCCCCGGCACCUGGUGGCCUAGUUUACACCCAGAUAUCUGUGCCCUAGCAGUAGGGAAUCGCAAUUGGUACUUCGG